AUGAAGGCUGAAGAACAGAAAAACGCUACUGGCAACGAUCAUCGAGAAACACCAACACCACCUCCAGUCCCUCCACCAACACCUUCACCACAAUCUUCUCGUAAUAACACUUCACUACUUUCUCCUUGGUGGUCUGAAUCAACUCAACCAGAAAAGAAACCCGCCAAAGGUCAUCACUUGCUCAUGCACUUUACUCGCAUCGUCAACGGCUCAAUAAAAGACAACAACGACAGCAACAGUAAUAGCAAUACACCUCUUUUUACCGAGCAGUGUGUGUUGCUCACAAAGCAAGAUCACUCAUCGUCCACUACCACAACCGACCCACAGCAUUCCACAUCUACCAGCAAUGGCAUCAAGUUUCUUAAUGACAAGCAGCAAUCCGACUGCCGCAUGGUGUGUUUAUUGCGAGAGAACCAAGAAAAACGGAAGGAACAGCAAAAAGCACAUGGCUCGUUUCUCAAUCCAUUUCAUGGGCUAUGGAUUAUCGUAGCUACCACUCAAGCACGAUGUUUAGAGCAUACAGCAGAGAAAGAGAUUACCAAAAAGAACCAUGCUGACUAUUACACAAUCAACCUCGGAGAACGAUUUAGCGGAUCAGGAGAUGAUGUGAAACGGAUGGUGACCAAGCUAUUCGCACCUACGCAAGAAUUGACACGACGCUACAUUCAAUCAUGGGAAGAUGGCACGCAAUCCGCAUUUCUAUCCAAGUUUUGGGAGAGCGCUGUACGAGGAGAUGCUUUUCAAUUGGUCCGUGACAGCACGCGAAGACUCUUCAAGAUGGCAAGUGGAGGUGAUAAAGACGACAAUGGCAAGGACAAUCGAAGUUGA